AAGCUCAAACUUGCAUGACAAUGCAUGUCUAGCGACGAAUCAUCAUAGUCUCGGGCUAUACAUCUGUCACUCGCAGUCACAGAGAUGAUAUCUUUUGCUAACCGAGAACCAGAUCGGCUUCAUCGAAUCCAUUGAGGUGUUGCGCUCAAGAUAAAUACGAUGGUGAGCGAUCGAGAAUGAUGCCUUUGCCUGAAGGGCACACAGAAGCAAAGCUGUGUUUCGUGGUACGUUCAUGAUCAACAAGAAUUUUCCGGCUGGCCACGUCCGUAUCGGCCUGAAUACAAUGUCAGCUAGUCACCUCGUAGGUAUAUUCGAGGUCUCGAUAGUCACCAGAUAUUCCGCUUGGUCGGAUUUAACUGCUGGCGUAGUCAGAGAGACGUAGUAGGAAUGACUGCAAUAUUUCUCCCGCAACACGCUCUCCGUCUCGGAAUGUAUAUAUUCUGGACAUGUAUUUUCUAGCUUGUCAGGUAACGACCGAAGCAUCCAUCCUCCACCUCAUUACAGUUUUCUGCUUACUCGAAAGCAUCCUCGUACUUGACCAGCGACCUGUGGUAGUGAACGCUGAUGUUAGGAAAAACUGCUCUCAUCAUCGGUGCGACAGGCGCUGUUGGGAAGUUUCUUCUUCAAGAGCUUCUUAGCUCGCCUGCGUAUUCUCGUGUUGGGGAGUUUGGUCGCCGAGUAACUUCCUUUGAGCAUAUCACUACUGGACAGGAGAAGCUCAUUCAGAGGGUGAUCGACUUUGAAAAUCUGGGUGCAAGUAGGUUGAAGGAGGGAAAGUGGGAUGUUGUCUUCGUCACGUUUGGGACACAGAGAGGGAAAGUAGGUGGUGACGCGGCAUUUGAAAAGAUCGACAGAGAAUACGUCGUGAACGUGGCACGAGAAGCCAUGAAUGAUGAUCCAUCCGUAUCUCAGCGUGUCGUAUACGUUUCAUCAGCCGGCGCGAAUCCGGAAUCACACUUCCUCUAUCCAAGGUCGAAAGGCCUAACUGAACUCGGACUUGCGGAGCUGGGAUACAAGGAGACAAUCAUCUUUCGGCCUGCUGCACUCACUCACGCCGAACGAUCAGAACGCAGACUAAUGGAGUCGGUGGCUAUCUCGUUAUUGAAUAUUCGCAAGAGUUGGGUCCGAAAGUAUUCCGUUCCAUGUCCUACACUUGCUACAGCAUUGAAGAACGCCGGAGCGCUCAACGGUGCUACCCUCCAACAGUAUGCGACGAAAGACGCAGACGUUCCGUUCACCUUGGUGGACAACGGGGCUAUCCGGCCUCUUGCAGAUGUGACUCUUUAGGUCCCUUUUACGUGUCUCUUUUUUUGACCGUCCGGAUAUUCCCUGGGAUAUCUUUUCAUUUAUGUUCAUCGCGGUUUUAUUUCCUUGCAAACGUUCAAGCUGGAUUGGAUGAGGACAUGUUUCUGUACACCCUCAUCAAGAAAGCUUCUAGUCAGAAAACAAAUCGUUUGCAUAGGA